ACACACUUGUAACAACCAGGCAGCGACCAAUAUUUUUUCUAGGGUUUAGUUCUCUUGCCUCCCUCUUCCUCGCGCGCCGUCUAGGGUUUCGCCGCCGCAACCGGAUCCACUCUACCGCCGCGUCCCGCGCCGCCGCCAUGGAGUUCGAUGAGUACGAGUACCUUGAGAAGGCGGUGGAUCCCGCCGCCCCGCCGGCCAACGGCUCCGGCUCCGGCGAGAAGGACCGCGGUUCGCGCCGCCGCGAGGGCGGCGAGGACCGCGUAUCGAAGCGCCCCCGCUCCGGGGAGGACCGCGACCGCGACCGGGAGCGGCACCGCAGCAGCCGCGAGCACCGCGACCGGGAACGGGACCGGGAUGACGGCAAGGAUAAGGAGAAGAGCCGCGACAGCCGCGGGAAGGACAGGGACCGUGAGGGGAGGGACCGGGAGAAGGAGAGGGGGGACAAGCACCGACCCAGGGAGAGGGAAGUGGAACGGGAGCGGAGGAGCCGGAGCCGUUCGGAGCGGCGCCGCGCCGAGGAGGAGGAGAUGGUAAAGGAGCUGGAGCGGGAGCGGGAGCGCAGCGAGCGCCACCACUACCGCGACCGUGAUGUCAGACGUAGGAAAGAUGAUGGUGCAGAACCAGAAGUUGAUCCAGAAAGGGACCAGAGGACUGUAUUUGCCUUCCAGCUAUCAUUGAAGGCAGACGAAAGAGAUGUUUAUGAGUUCUUCUCAAGGGCUGGAAAGGUUCGUGAUGUUCGCCUUAUUAUGGAUCGAAACUCACGGCGUUCUAAAGGAGUUGGGUACAUUGAGUUUUACGAUGUUAUGUCUGUUCCCAUGGCAAUUGCUCUGUCUGGUCAACCGCUUCUUGGACAAGCAGUGAUGGUUAAGCCAUCUGAGGCUGAAAAGAACUUAGUUCAGUCCAAUGCGACAUCUGGUGGUGCAGCUUCAGGUGGAGCAAGAAAGUUGUAUGUUGGUAAUCUUCACUCUAAUAUCACUGAAGACCAAUUGAGACAGGUAUUUGAACCAUUUGGGCAAGUGGAGCUUGUACAGCUGCCCCUAGAUCCAAUGACUGGACUUUGCAAAGGUUAUGGUUUCAUUCAGUUUGCACGGCUUGAAGAUGCAAAAGCUGCACAAAGCUUGAAUGGGCAGCUUGAUAUCGCUGGCAGAGUUAUUAAGGUUUCAGCUGUUACUGAUCAUGUGGGGGUCCAAGUUAGUGGAGCAACUACUGGAGAUUUAGAUGAUGAUGAAGGUGGAGGCUUGGCAUUAAAUGCAAGCUCCAGAGCUGCUCUUAUGCUCAAAUUGGACAGGAGUGGCACUGCAACAAGCUUAACUGGUGGUAUUGGUGCUGCUGGAGUGGCUAUACCAGGGCCAGCUGCAUCAGUUAUUGGGGCUCCAGCAGUUGCUUCUCUUGUACCACCAGCAAUUCCUGCUGUUGGAUCAGUUCCUGGGGCACCUGUGCUUCCUAUCACCACUCAAUCUGCAAUCAUGUCUACACCUACAGAAUUCUUAUUGCUUAAGAACAUGUUUGACCCCACGGUGGAGACAGAUCCUGAUUUUGAUUUGGAUAUUAGAGAUGAUGUCCAAGAUGAAUGUUCCAAGUUUGGUGCAGUGAAGCACAUUUUUGUUGACAAACAUACUGCAGGCUUUGUGUAUCUGCAGUUUGAUAGUGUAACGGCAGCAGCAAAGGCCCAACAAGCACUUCAUGGAAGAUGGUUCGCUGGGAAAAUGAUUACAGCAACAUUUAUGUCUGCGCAGGAAUAUAAUGCCAAGUUCCCAAACUUGUGAACAGAUUAAGCGGGUAAGAGUUGGCAAGACCCGCUUAGAUUGGUUUGAGUGAUAGUAAGUGCUGUAUCAUUGGAGGCUAGACGAACACCUUUGUACGGCAGAAUAGUUGCGAAUCAGGCGUCAGUUCCAAUGUUUGAUGUACUAUAGGGCGUCACAUGGCGAUCAGCCCUUCUAAACGAUAAUCCUAUUAUACAGCAUGCUUGAUCAGCAGGGUGAUUUAUUUGGUUUUCAUGUUGAAAUGAGCAGAAUGGGGAAGUUUGUGGCUGAA